AUGCAUCCCGACGCCACCUCCCCCUCGCACCGCAUCGCCCGCGUCGCCGCGCACCUCAACCCCACUCGCCCGCAGAUGGAGGAGGGCGCGGCGCUGAGGCCCGCGGCGUGCCGCGCCAAGGGCGGCGCGCCGGGGUUCAAGGUGGCGGUGGUGGGCGCGGCCGGGGGGAUCGGCCAGUCGCUGUCGCUGCUCAUGAAGAUGAACCCGCUCGUCUCCGUGCUCCACCUCUACGACGUCGUCAACACGCCCGGGGUCACCGCCGACGUCAGCCACAUGGACACCAGCGCCGUGGUGCGUGGCUUCAUUGGCCAACAACAGCUUGAGGCAGCACUUACAGGAAUGGAUCUUGUCAUCAUCCCUGCCGGCCUCCCAAGAAAACCAGGAAUGACAAGGGAUGAUCUGUUCAACAAAAAUGCUGGGAUCGUUCGCUCGAUCUGUGAAGGCGUUGCCAAGAGCUGUCCUAAUGCUAUUGUGAAUUUGAUCAGCAACCCUGUGAACUCAACCGUCCCCAUUGCUGCGGAGGUUUUCAAGAGAGCUGGAACUUACUGUCCCAAGCGUCUCCUUGGAGUGACAACACUUGAUGUAGCGAGGGCUAACACCUUUGUGGCGGAAGUCCUUGGAGUUGAUCCGAGAGAAGUCAAUGUUCCAGUUGUUGGCGGGCAUGCAGGGGUCACUAUAUUACCCCUCCUGUCACAGGUCAGCCCCCCAUGCUCAUUCACUCCAGAUGAAAUCAGCUAUUUGACUAACCGCAUACAGAACGGUGGUACAGAAGUUGUGGAGGCAAAGGCUGGAGCAGGCUCUGCAACUUUGUCAAUGGCUUUUGCUGCUGCAAAAUUCGCCGACGCGUGCCUGCGAGGAAUGCGCGGAGAUGCUGGCAUCGUGGAGUGUUCAUACGUCGCAUCUGAGGUGACAGAGCUGCCGUUCUUCGCAUCGAAGGUGAGGUUAGGUCGCGGUGGAGCCGAGGAGAUUCUCCCUCUUGGGCCACUGAAUGACUUUGAGAGCCGGCCUGGAGAAGGCGAAGAAGGAGCUGAGCGAGAGCAUUCAGAAGGGCGUGUCCUUCAUGAACAAGUGAGAUCGUACGAAUGGAUCGCCCCCGACCUAUACAGAUAUGCAAAGACUAAAGAGUGUGAUAUAGUGCUCCAAUACCUGUAA